AGGGAGCUCGCUUUCCCCUUUGGAACCAGCCGGACCACCCUGCCCAGACAGGCGGGGAAAGCGCUGGGUGCGCCCAGGGCGCAGGACGAGGGAACUCCCCAAGGUCCCGCCGCCGCAGCUGUUGCUCGCUUGGCCGGACAUUGCUGGCAAGGCGCAAAGGUGCCUUCGGAGACUGGGCCAGCUCGGCGCAUGCGCCGCUCUCUCCAGCAUCACAGCUCUGCCUGUGGAUUGAAAGUUACAUCCCUUGAAUCUUCGCGGGAGGGGGUGGGGAGAGGGAAGGGGGAGAAAGAGGCAGCAACUCUCCACCCGGAGGAAGGAAUGUGGGCAGCUCGGCCGCGGGAGCGCGUGGGGAUUCUGCUCUUCCCUGCGAUGAUAGCCAUGGUCUGCUAUGCCAAGAGCCUGAAUGAGCCCAGCAACAUGUCCUACGUGAAAGAGACCGUGGACAAAUUACUCAAAGGAUACGACAUUCGCCUGAGGCCAGACUUCGGAGGCUCUCCCGUUGACGUUGGCAUGAGAAUAGAGAUUGCCAGUAUAGAUAUGGUCUCGGAAGUCAACAUGGACUACACACUCACUAUGUAUUUCCAGCAGUCCUGGAGGGAUAAAAGACUAUCGUACUCUGGAAUACCUUUGAAUCUGACGUUAGAUAACAGAGUGGCUGACUAUCUCUGGGUACCAGAUACAUACUUCCUGAAUGACAAGAAGUCCUUUGUUCAUGGAGUUACUGUGAAAAAUCGAAUGAUUCGGCUACAUCCGGAUGGAACUGUUCUUUACGGUUUGCGGAUCACUACCACGGCUGCCUGCAUGAUGGAUUUACGAAGGUACCCCCUGGAUGAACAAAACUGCACGCUGGAAAUUGAAAGCUAUGGAUACACAACGGAUGAUAUUGAGUUCUACUGGAAUGGAGGGGAAUCUGCUGUAAGUGGAGUUAAUAAAAUUGAGCUCCCUCAAUUCUCAAUUAUCGACUACAAGAUGAUCUCAAAAAGAGUAGAGUUUGCAACGGGGGCAUACCCUCGGCUGUCACUGAGCUUUCGACUUAAAAGAAACAUCGGCUACUUCAUUUUGCAAACCUACAUGCCUUCUACUCUGAUUACAAUUCUGUCGUGGGUAUCUUUCUGGAUCAACUAUGAUGCAUCUGCUGCACGAGUUGCACUAGGGAUCACCACUGUGUUGACCAUGACCACCAUCAGCACUCAUCUCAGGGAGACACUGCCAAAGAUUCCCUAUGUGAAGGCAAUUGACAUCUACCUAAUGGGCUGCUUCGUGUUUGUGUUCCUUGCCUUGUUGGAAUACGCAUUUGUGAACUACACCUUCUUUGGCAAAGGCCCACAGCAUCAAAAGAAAGCAGCUGAGAAGGCCAGCAGUGACAAGAGGAAAUUGGAGAUGAACAAAGUUCAGAUUGACGCCCGCGGGAAUAUUCUUCUUACUACCCUGGAAAUGAGAAAUGAAGUCAGCAGCGCCAAUGUGCUGGCAACUUUGAAUGACCCGAGAGCUACCAUGUACUCCUACGACAGCGCCAGCAUCCAUUACAGGAGGCCUGCCACCACAAGGGACCUCUACAACAGGAGCACUUUGGAUAGACAGACAACCCAUCAAAAGGGACGCCUACGGAGAAGAGCGUCGCAGCUCAAGGUCAAAAUCCCAGAUUUGACUGAUGUCAAUUCCAUAGACAAGUGGUCCAGGAUGGUUUUUCCUAUCACCUUUAUCCUUUUCAAUGUGGUCUACUGGCUUUAUUAUGUGCACUGAGUUAUGCUGUGAUCCCUCCACCUGCCUAGCCCAGACUCCUGUUCUCAAAUUUGCCAACCUUAAAGACUGUUGUAGCCGCAGCGCUACAUAUUCAAGGUACAAUAUUCAGCCAUUCUGUGGGUUAGGGUGCCCUUUUAACCAUAUCCCAAAAAUCAAACCAUGUUUACUUCAAAAAAGAAGACAGUAUCUAUUUGAACAUGCGCUCAUCCUUUUAGAUCUGCUUUCAAAGAGCGACACUGAAGACACAAGUGCUACCCCUCUGUUUUGUUCUAAGGUUAUUUCUGGUGAUCUUUCCUUUCUUUUUUCUUAGCAUUUAAAACAUGGCAUGAAAAUUCUGCCUUAUUUUCCAAAACACAUACAUUGGUCCUAACCGUAGGCUUGUUCACACAUUACACUGAACACAGGUACCAGCUUUCUCUACACGUGUACAAGUGUUUGUGUGAAAGAGUGUGCAGCUAAUUUGUUGAUUUGUACAUCUCAGCACAGGUAUACACUCAUGGAAUGUUACAUGUUUGCGUGUACAGCUCAACUGUUUGUGUACACAGAUUGUACACUCACGAAACAUAAUGUGUUCCUAGUACCUCCAUAUUAUUUGCCAAACAAAGCUCAAGUGUUAUUCAAGAAAAGGCAAAGCUACAGCUGCAUGCAACCCUAAUCACACUUAUCUAGGAGUCAGUCCCGUUGAACAAAGUGGUUUCCAAGUAGACAUGCACAGAAGUGCGCUGUACACAUGUCACCAUAAAUAGGUUCCCAGAUCAAGAACUGAUAUAUAGCUUGAAUGCCCAGAACGCCCUUCUGACACUAUCAGAGCAGAUUUAGGGUUGUAUGACUUACUCUAAUAAUUCGUAGAUCAAAAAUAUGUCGAUGAACCGGCUAACUUUUUCAAAUUGUUCAUAAACUCUAAUACAAAUGACUGCAAAAAAAAAUCAUGGCUAGCAGGGGGCCUCUUAGAAACAGACUUCUAUGAAGGCAAUGCCUCUUUCAAGACUGCAGGAAUGCCUGCUACAACAUAACCAUAGUUCUCUAAAAGCAAAGUAUGCUUUUCUUUCUUCAAAACUAUAGCUUGGUUUAUAUGCA